UUUUUAAUUUUAAGCCAAUCAUAGUCAUCGUGACAAGUGUAAAUACAGAAGCCACAUGUAGCUGUCAGACGCCAUUCAGGUACCAAAGAGGAAACAUCACUAUAUUGUAGGGUAAUAAUUGAACGUAUAAAAAUGUCCGACAAGUCCCCUGUUCAUCCCCAAUUCCAGUCUAAAGAAGUUUUCUUUUUGGACUGCAAAAUUUGUGAAAAUACCGUCUGUCGCCGGGCCAUGGAAUCGGUUUUAGUGGCUGACUCAGAUACAAGGUUAUUUUCAACAGACUGUCCUGAGAAAAGCUGUGUUGCCUUGACAGGUGAGAGGUUUGAGACAGACACCUGUGACUGUCAGCUGGAGAAUGUGGCAUGCACUCAAUGUGGCAGUGUGGUUGGUUACAAUGUGAGGCUGCCCUGUAAAACUUGUUUACAGUCCUGUAAUAACGGGCACCUGUGGAUGUUUUAUACAGACAAGAUAUCGCCGUACGAGAGAUUUGAAAAGAAAGGAAAUGAGAUUCUGCUGUGGGGAAACAUUCCUAAAGCGUCUCAUGAUCACGCCCUGGAUUUCCUCAUCGAUGAAUGUCUACGUUAAAUCAUCCCGGCCUCAAAGUACGGAGAGAAUUCAUCAACAAUCCCAGCAUUCUGUGUGAUACAUUUAUUUUGCAAACAUUUUAUUUUCCAUUUUGUGUUUCUUUGCAAGAAAGUGCUCAAACUGUGCCAUUCAAAUGGAAAUAAUACUGUGUUUUGUUCAGAAUUUUUGUCCAAAGCCUUAUGUCCGACAUUGUUAUAUGUAAUAGGCAUUUGUUUAUUUUUCAUAUUGUGCUGAUAGACUAAUGUGCAAUACCCGAGAUUAAAUGUAAUAUCUGUCUCGUUAAACAUCAUCUUGUCCAUGCUGGUGUUUUACACACAGACAAAGUUAAUGAAGUGCUUUAAUGUUGAUGUAGAUGUCAUUUGAAUGGCUAACACAAUCUGUGAUAUUAUUAACGUUUGUUCCCUACUGGUAGAGGGCUUUUUGUGCUUUAUUCACUCACAGGGGAUGAGACUGUAUUUACAGAUGUACAUGUAUAUUGUUGUCAUGAUUCCAGUAUUGUAAGCUUGAGUUGAUCCUGUUAUUUCUCAAGCUACAGUACAUACAUUUCCUGUCAAAUAUAAGAUUAUUGUUCUGUUUUUGUGAAACACUUUGGUUCACUGAAUUAAAUUUCCAAAAAAGAAGCUGAAG